AUGGCUCUUUUGAUGGACCAGCAGUUCGCGCCGCUGUCUGACACCAACGAGAUCGCCACAAAGACAUUUCUAGAGUCAGUUUCUCACCUGCCGCCUUUUUUUGAUUGCCUUGGUUCCAAGGUCUUUGCGCCAAUUAAGUCGGACAUUAAUGGAAACAUCACUAAAAUAAAGGCCGUCUAUGAGUCGGAUCCGGAGAAGUACGAGACUCUUCAGCAGAUACUGAUCAUUGAGAAGAGCAGCUAUGGCUCAGAGUGGCCUAAAGUCGGAGCCACACUGGCGCUUAUGUGGUUAAAGAGAGGCCUGCGCUUCAUCCAGGUUUUACUGCAGAGUCUUGCCGAUGGAGAGAGAGAUGAGGACAAUCCCAAUCUCAUUCGCGUCAACAUCACUAAAGCUUAUGAUCAAGCACUGAAGAGGUACCACGGCUGGAUAGUCCAGAAAGUUUUCAAGGCUGCAUUAUUUGCUGCACCGUGCCGGUCAGAUUUUCUUAAAGCUUUGUCCAAGGAUCAAGAGGUUGCUGAGGAGGAUUGCUUGGCAAAAGUUCGCCAGUUCUUGAUAAACUUCACCGCAACUGUAGAUGCAAUUUAUGAAAUGUAUUUCACAAUGAAUGCUGAACUGGAUUACUUGGUUUAA